ACCGCGCAAGUUGGGGCACGGAGACGUCAGUUGAACAUGGCGUUAAGCUGGAGAGCUGUCACCGGUCAACAGAGGAAAACAAGAACCGACACGACGACUGCGUUUAUCUGAAGCCCGCUCACGGUUUUAACCCUGUGAUAUUGUGACGCUUUAAGCCGUUUUAUUUUCAUUUCAUCCUUCUUUUUUUUUUUUUUUUGUUCCGCCACUUACGCCGCGUUACGAAAAAAAAAUGUCAGACAACCAGAGCUGGAACUCGUCCGGUUCCGAGGAGGAUUUAGAGCCCAGAGAGGAGCCUGGACCUCUGGUGGGGGUCGUCGACUUAAGCGGGGUCCUCAGUAAGUGGACAAAUUACAUCCAUGGAUGGCAGGAUCGUUGGGUGGUCUUGAAAAACAACACAUUGAGCUACUACAAGUCCCAAGACGAGACCGAGUAUGGCUGCCGGGGCUCCCUCUGCCUUAGCAAAGCUGUCAUUACUCCUCACGAGUUUGAUGAGUGCCGACUGGACAUCAGUGUAAAUGACAGCGUUUGGUACAUGCGAGCACAAGACCCAGAGCACAGACAUCAGUGGAUUGACUCCAUUGAGCUGCACAGGGCUGAUUCUGGAUAUGGCUCAGAGUCCAGUCUGCGCAGACAUGGCUCCAUGUUGUCUCUCACCUCAGCAACCAGCGGCUACUCUGCAACCUCCACCUCCUCCUUCAAGAAGGGCCACAGCCUCAGAGAGAAGCUGGCAGAGAUGGAGACAUUCAGAGACAUCCUGUGCAGGCAGGUGGACACGCUGCAGAAACACUUUGACAGCUGUGCAGAUGCUGAGUCUAAGGAUGAGCUGCAGAGGGAUAAAAUCGUGGAGGAUGAUGAAGAUGACUUCCCUAACACCCGGACAGAAGGAGAGUUUCUGCACAACAACAAUGGCAGCAAAGAAAAAUUGUUCCAGUCAUUGAGUCCCAAGGGAAUCAAUGGCAUAGAUUUCAAGGGUGAGGCAAUCACAUUCAAAGCCACCACAGCCGGGAUCCUGGCGAAUCUGUCCCACUGUAUCGACCUCAUGGUGAAGAGAGAGGACAGCUGGCAGAGACGACUGGAUAAGGAGAUGGAGAAGAGAAGAAGAAUAGAGGAGAGCUAUAAAUCAGCACUCAAUGAGCUGAAGAAAAAGUCUCACUUUGGAGGUCCAGAUUAUGAGGAGGGUCCGAACAGCCUCAUUAACGAGGACGAGUUUUUCGAUGCGGUUGAAGCUGCUCUGGACAGACAGGACAAGAUGGAAGAACAGUCUCAUACAGACAAGACGAGGAUACAGAGAUCCAGCCCCGUGCCCCCUGCAGACAUUUACUCCAGCUCCGGCUCGCACAGAUUCUCCGACAAGGUGGAGGAGAUGGUGCAGAAUCACAUGAACUACUCUCUGCAGGACAUGGGUGGAGACGCCAACUGGCAGCUGGUUGUAGAAGAGGGGGAAAUGAAGGUGUACAGGAGAGAGGUGGAAGAAAACGGGAUCGUUCUGGACCCGUUGAAGGCCACUCAUUGUAAGGGGGUGACCGGCCACGAGGUGUGUCACUACUUUUGGGACACCACCUACCGCAAUGACUGGGAGACAACAAUUGAAAACUUCAACGUUGUGGAGACUUUGUCGGAGAAUGCGGUGGUUGUUUAUCAGACUCACAAGCGGGUGUGGCCUGCCUCCCAGAGAGACGUGCUCUACCUGUCUGCCAUGAGGAAGAUCUUAGCCAACAACGAGAACGACCCAGACACCUGGCUCGUCUGCAACUUCUCCGUCGAUCAUGACGAUGCACAGCCGAGCAGCAGGUGUGUCCGUGCUAAAAUCAACAUCGGCAUGAUCUGUCAGACGCUGGUCAGUCCACCAGAGGGAGACAAAGAGAUCAGCAGAGACAACAUCCUGUGUAAAAUCACCUACGUCGCCAAUGUGAAUCCUGGAGGCUGGGCUCCGGCCUCGGUGCUCCGGGCCGUGGCUAAGAGGGAGUACCCCAAAUUCCUGAAACGCUUCACCUCCUACGUGCAGGAAAAGACCGCUGGAAAACCCAUCUUAUUCUGAGGCCCACAGUUUUGACACACGAUGGACUGAACUGCAUGAAGGGCGGCUUUAAUCACUAAGACACUCUGCUGCUCAGCUGCUGUGACACGACGACAAGUUCUCACAAGCUGAAUAUUUCCCUUCAUUAUUUUGUGACACUAGUUAGUUAGAAAAAAGAAGGGUUGUAACAGUGCCCCCUGGUGGUAGGAUUUAAAAACAAGAUACCCCUGAGUUAUUUGUAAACUGGUAGUGACAUAAUAAUGGAUCAUUAUCAUUUCUAGUUUUUCCUUCUGCUUGUUUUUUUCACUUUCUUUCAAUUUGAAAAAGAGAAAAUACAAAAUAGUGGAGAUGAUUUGACUGUCAACAGAAAACCCAGAAACAUUUCCUCCCAAAGAAAGUUCCUAGAGCAGCUCGUGAUGCCUCAGUCGAUGCCAUAUUUCAUGCUCAUGUCUCUUUUCUUACAGAUAUAUUAAUAUAUAAAUGUAAGUAUGUUCUAUAAGAGGUUUGUAAAAAGGAAACAGAUCUUUGCUAAUAGACAGAAAUAUUUUAUUCUUGCCAUUUCUAGUUCCUAUUUUUGUCUAGAUUGAUCAUCAUUUUUUCCAUCAUUAGCAAUCUGCCAGCUUUCUUUUCGAGCUGCUAACGUUUUCUGCUAGUGAAACAUCAUCGAUUGACUUGAAAAAUCAUUUUUACCUGUACCGAGUCCAGAGGGCUGUCAUUGACUUAUGACCCCGAUGAUGUAAGACUCCACCUUUUUGUGACCGCGUCCCUCUCAUGAAAACGCCUCUCGCUGGCGCUGACGGAGGGACGGGGUCCGGAGGACGUUCAUGUACAUUGUUGCUUUGCUUUAUAUUUGUGUCUUAGCACAUAUUUUGAAUGUUGUACAUAGUGUCACUAACAUUUCUCUGAAGGUCUUUUUGUGACUGAGUCAAGCCCAGAUGCCUUAGUGUAAGAGGAACAUAUAGAGAUAACGAUUACUGUAACUAAGAAAUCAUUAGUUAAGUGCCUCGCAGCUAUUCUCCCCUUCUUAUUCGAGUCUUUCAAUUCAAAUAUAUUCAUGAACUAACUGUCCUUUAAAGGGCUAUUCUGGUAUUUUUUAACUUGAGCCAUAUGUUUUUUUCACACUUAGGGCCCACUAAAAGUGUUUUUUUUAUGUCCACUGACAAGCUCAAAUGUUUAAAUCAACCGUUAAGAUGAUAUUACAAAAAGGAGCCCCACAGAGAGAUACAUUUUAUGGCAGAACUCUUUUUUAAAUCCACCAAACUCCACUGACUAAAUCAGUACUUUUUCCUCAGAACACAGGAGUUGUUGAUCCACCUUUGCUGUUUGUGUGUCUGUUUAAAAAACAAACAAAAACACUCAGUAGAGGAAACAGCAGAGCAGCAGAUCUUAUGCUCUGUAAGGUAAAUUUGAUGUUUCUUUCUAUGGAGUCUGGUGGCUCUGAGGGAGCAAUGGGACAGCUGAUCUCUAUAGGUAUCCUCCGCAGACUGUUAUCCGAGCCUGUUAGUAGACUAACUUGCACUUUUAGUAAGACACACUUUGAUUCCUCCAGCACCAGGAGAUGGGCUGGAGCUGCUGCAAUCUAUAAAAGCAAUUAUAAAGCUUUUUGCACCACUCAGAAACAUAGACCCCAAAAAUGUUAAAGUAAAAAAUAUUCAACAAGCACCGUCAUUCUUCAAUCAGAGGGCUUGUUGGAUAUUUUUAAACCUUGAAUAGUUUGAAGAUUCAAGAUUUAAUUCAGUGUAAGAGUCUGAGUCUUACUCUGUCCAUGUGCCUGCUAUUUGUUACAUGUGCUGGCAUGAAAAACAACAACCCCGUCUUGUAAGCAGUAAUGAUUGGUGUUCGUAGCAUGGAUUGUGUCUGAAAAUGUCGCUUAUACAAACGCAGGGCUGCAAAGUCCAAAGUUAGCGAGGAUGUAGAUUGUGCUAGUCCUGGUGUUUUAUUUGCACAUUUAACUUAAAGUCUGUGUAAAGCGACAUCAGAAACUGGUUUCUAAACUCACUAUAAAUGUUGGAGACAUGAGGACAGCUGAAGACAGAGUUGGGGAUGACGUGCUGUGAGGGGCUGAGGUCGGACUUGAACCCACGGCGACUACGACUAGGACUCUAGCCUCCGUACAUGGGGCGUGCAUCAUCACCGUUAGGCUGUCGCUGCCUCGACUUGAGUGACUGAAUUAUGGAUUUGGACUGUUAGGUUUUUUUUGGAGGGCUCGAUGAUGAUUAUUUCAUUCAGCAGUCCUCAGUUGUAUGACAAACAAAAUAAACAUUUUGUAUUGCUUUACACCGACUUUAAAAAGAUAUUAAACUCUGGACUUGACAGUUUUGCAUUUGGAACUGCUUACAUGGCAAAAAAGCAAACUACUUUUUUAAGCAUACAUUAUUUGGUCGGCAUAGCUUCUCAAACUUUUCUCAUUAAAGCAUCACUAUCUAAAGAACAGUACUACAGAUGAACCUGUGGCCAGCACAAAAUGCAUUUUCUUGGGUUAUGCGAGUGAUUUUUUUUAGCUGUUUUCAGUGUCUGCUCUUUGAUUUUCGAGCUUUAUUGCAAGAAUGAUGUGUGAACGAGUGUGAAGCCAUAUGAUGCUCAAUCUCUUGAGUGGAAAGAAGCCGGGCUGAAUCUCUUCCACCUUCUAAGCAUUUCAACAUUUUUUUUUUUUCGACACAAGUGUAGUCAUAAAAAAAGAAAUCUAAAUGAAUGUAAUUAAGAAUACUGUUUUUGUAAAUAUGUUCAUACUAAUGCUGUGGGAUCAACUUACAAAGAUGUACUGUGACAUCACAUUUCUUCUUCGGCUGUUCAUAAAGUGAAAUAAAUAAGUUCACCCUUCA